GUUUCACUUUUGCGAAUCUCUGUCUUUCAUCUGUGACCCCCUUACUGUUGUAAUGGUCUGGUCCGAGGAAGAUCGCCGAAGCGCCGCUGAAAUCCGGAAGUUUGGGCGGUGGUUGAACAAGGCGGAGGUUACUGCUGUCGAUCUCGGUUGGUAGCUCAUAGGUAAAGCCAAACUCAGCCAAAAUGUCAAGCAAAUGUCGCGCCAAGGGAAAGGCCACCAAGAAGCGCCCUCAGCGCGCCACCUCCAAUGUCUUUGCUAUGUUCGAUCAGUCACAGAUUCAGGAAUUUAAAGAAGCUUUCAACAUGAUCGACCAGAACCGUGAUGGUUUUGUAGAUAAGGAGGAUCUGCACGACAUGCUGGCGUCUCUCGGGAAGAACCCAGCAGAUGAUUAUUUGGAGGCGAUGAUGACAGAAGCUCCCGGGCCGAUAAAUUUCACUAUGUUUCUCACUAUGUUCGGAGAGAAGCUCAAUGGCACAGACCCAGAGGAAGUCAUUCGUAAUGCUUUUGCUUGCUUCGAUGAGGAAGGAACAGGCUUCAUUCAGGAGGACUACUUGCGAGAACUUCUGACCACCAUGGGUGAUCGCUUCACAGAUGAAGAAGUUGAUGAGCUCUUCAGAGAAGCACCCAUUGAUAAAAAGAGCAACUUCAACUAUGUGGAGUUCACCCGUAUUCUCAAACAUGGAGCCAAAGACAAGGAUGAUUAAACUGAAAACAAGCCCCUGUCAUCUUGCUUUUAAAAUCCCCUUUUAGGCUAGAGAAAUUCUGCGCUGUCCCAUGGGAAGCUGACCUGAGCUUUAUUAUUGCAUGUAUGCGUGUAUGUGAGAAUUAAAGGAGCACUCUGUAGAAAUCUCUAGGAUAAGACCUAAUAUAUGAAUGGGUUAUGAUGCUGAAUCAAGAAAACGGUUUGGGAAAAAGUUAAGUCACUCUAUUACCAAAAUCAAAAUCCACCAUGGAACUGUGCACCAUUUUGUUUUUCUCUUUGUGGUGUUUGAAUUUGGUCAGUGCAACGUUGACGUUUCAGUGUUUAUUCUUUUUUUGAUAUAUGCAAAUUGUAACAAAUUCCACUAAUUAUUAGGCCUCAUGGUUAAUAGUUGAAUGUAUUUGUAGCUUUAUGGGUCUGAUGGAUCAUCAUCUUUUUCAUAUAUUUUGUCCAUGUCUAGACUAUAAUGGAGUGUAACUUUAGAGUUUACUUCUAGUUAGUCGGUAAGUUGUACGAUCUCAAACCUCUAAUACAGGGUCUCAUUUCUCUCUUUGUUAAAGACAACAAAAUAAAAUAAAUGUGAAAGUGUUACAUUUUAGGUGCAUUUGAGCUUUUCGUGGCCUGAACUAACUGUAUUUUUACAUUUCAUAAUAAACAAUAUUUUGAAUAAAUGACUUAUUGAACAUUG